UCUCUCAGUGCUGACUGCACCCCGAAACCCCGGCUUUUGCCCCUGUCUGGUCCCGGCCCCAGCCCAUGUGCAGUGGCUGCAAAACCUGCCGCCACGCAGCACCUGGACCCUUAGGUGGCUCCGGAGCCUUAACGGCUCCCAACCCACCCUGCGCCCGUUGCCAUGGCGACUGGGCGAGCGGCCGGAAGGGAGGCCUAGUUGCGGCCCCCAGCCCGCUUUCUGGUAGGCGCGCCGCGCCCCAGACCAGGCAAUGAUUUUAGGAGAGAACUGUUGGCUGAUGACUGAGCUUUCACUAUUGUACUACACUUUCUGACAUGAUGGGAUCAGGCAGACCAGCCUCAACCUGUGUUCAUCUAGCAUCUAGUGUCCAACUGGAUGGGAGGAGUGACCCCAGGAAACUUCAGACCCAGAACCAGCUGCAGUUUAAUAGGAAUGUUCCUACACAUUCAAGCAACUUGGCAAUCCAAUAUUCUUGCCCACAUGGAAUUAGAAUUGAAAAACUAAAGCAGUCAUACAAUGAGUCAUACCAUUGUAGAGAUUCAGGUUUUAGAGACGGUCCUGACCUGGGCAGUUCUGUUUCAUUUUCUGUCAUAUCAGAAGAGAGACUUAGCUAUGCCGUCCAUCUAGCCAAAAGAGAUGUAAAACGAAGACAACUUGAAGAACAUAUAAAAGAACACCAUCUCAGAAGUCAGCCCCAAAUCCUUCAGAAAUGUGGACAGUCUAACCAUAAAAUAUCUGACCAUAGAGUGGAAAGGAAGGAAUCAAAGAGUCGGGAAGUCUGUCACGGCAGCAACCAGCCAUCCAAAGUAGAAAUUUCCAGCUCAGGUGCCAAGGUAUACCUGUACACAUCUCAUCCAGGACAGUCAGACCUCACCAUGCCAAACUCGCCACCCACUCGUGAUCCAGGACUUCAGCCACAUUCCAGGAUAGGUGACCACAAAAGCCUAUGUGGACACAAAAGCCUGCUGGAAGUUCAGCGACUCCAGAAAGAAUUGAGCAGUUGUAUCCAUAAAAUUGAAGAAUUAACUAAAAAAGAUCGCAUGGAAGAAGCUUUGGAUCCAGAUGAAGAGCGGAGAAUCCGUGUCAGGAGGAAGGAGCAGGCCGUUCGUUCUGCCCGAAUGCUCUACGUCCUCCAGCAGCAGGUUAAAGAAAUCCAGGAAGAAUUGGAUAAAUUGAGUCCACAUAAAAUUAAACAUACUAAGAAGUCAUGGGCAGUGUCCAGGCUGGCAGCUGCCCAUCGAGGAGCCAUUCGGGCCUUACAGAUGUUUGUUACUCAAUUUACUGACCGGGUGGAGCACGCAGUUCCUAUUUGGUGCAAGGAAUUGGGCAGUCUCAUCCGCCAGCUUUCACUCUGUUCUGCCAAGCUGGAGGCCAAUUCUUCUGUCCCUGAUGUGGUGAUAGAUAUCCUGCAACAAACUGAGGCUUUGGAAUCCCUCCUGGAAAAGACACUGUCACCAAAAAAGGCAAAGAAAUGUUUCAGUGUAAUUCAGAGCAGAUUUCCUAUUGGUAGCCAAAGGGCCUUAGAGAGAUGGCGAAGUACAUCACCAAAGAGUGAGAGGAGGCCCUUUGUAGCAAAGGAGAUAUUUCCACAGGAAACAAGAGGACCUUCAGUGGCAAAGAAGCUUCUUGCUGAUAAGUAUCAACCUGAUAUAGAGCUUCCAGUGACCCAGAGGUUGGAAAACGAGCUUGAUGUAUUAGAUGCGGAUAUCCUUCUGGAAGAAGCUCCAUCUGUUGUAGACGAAAAUGCGAACUUCAAAGAAGAGGCAUUAGCCGUGGCAAAAACAAGAGCAGGGAAAAAGAAGCUUGUGACUGAGAAUGUGCCACCCUUUAGGAAGAAAGAUACUGUGGCACCGGCAAGACUCCAGCAAGGACUCCACAAAGCUGAAAAAAGUAGACCACCCCAAUCUUACAGCAAAAGCAGGUUGCAACGGACAACAGUCUCCUCCAGGUUAAAAAUGAACCAGCAGCCUGUGAAGGACCAUAAGGCUCCUUGGAUACCUCCAAACCCCACAUCCCCACUGGCAUCUCCUAAAUGUGCUGCCUGGCUAAAGGUGAAAUCUAGCCCCAAAGAUGCCGCAAAAGAACAGUCUCUCCAGAAAGAAGAUACUCAAGAGGAAAGUCGGUUGAGAGGUGCUGUUGAGCACGAAGCAGUGAGUGUUUCUGCCACCCAAUUAGCGGAUAAGGUAGAGAAGGCAGUUCUGGAGCGUUUGAAGCCUCUCCUGGUCAAGGCCCAGAGAGUCAAUUCUUCUGUGGAAGCAGAUACUCGUUUGAAGGAUCGACUGUCAGUGAUCGCAGCAACAGCCCAGCCUGCGGAGAAGGCUACAGCUGUUGAUUGUGAAUCCAGUAGCAUUCAGCAGCUGGAUGAUUUUUUGGAAGAUGCCGCUCACGAGCUCUGGGCUGUGACUCACUCUAAGAUCUCGGAGCCCGAGGCCUUAGCCACCUGGGGGGACAGCAACGACAGCCCGUGUCUGGAGGCCAUGAUGCUCCGCAUGGAGGAAAUGGAGAAAUACCAGGAGACGGUUCGCCAAAGAUAUAAUAAAAUUGUAUUUACUGAUCCUCAUCUUUGGAUGCAGGAAGAAAAAAAUGACCAAAAAAUCCCAGCAGUAAGUGAAAGGCGUGUUUCUCCUCAUCCAAUCAGGAUCACAAAGACAGCAGCUCGCAAAGACCCAGAUGUGAACAUCGUGUUAGAAAGGCCCUGCAAUGGCACUUCCCUAGAUGAAAGUGUGGGAACAGAGGAGAGACCGGAAAAAAGAGAGAAUCCCCUUCUCUCCCUUUCAGAAGAUGCUCAGCAGAAGGAAGGCCGAGCUGCCCUCUUUGUCCCGCGGGGCAUGCGGCGCAGCAUUGGUGACUACUGCCGCCGCUUCGAGCAGUACCUCCGGGUUACUGCGCACGAGGCUGUGGGCUCCUUCAACCCGUGGCUGAUAGCUGAAAGGAUGUCGCCUGUGAGGAGCUGCAGAUCCCAUCUCCGAGGUGCCGAUGCAUCGGGGAUUCCAACUCAGAACUUCCAGAACUGCUGCAGAGUGGGCUUGGCGGGGGCCCAGGGCUCGGGCAGAGGGCAGAGGAGUGGAUGGGGGACCGCAGCAAUGACUGCCUUGAUGCCGGGGUCCCUUCCCCCUCUGCCUGCUGGUGCUGGGGGCCGGAGGGGAGGCGGUGAGUAGCAUCCUUUCUGCCUCUCCUCCCUCUCUUCCUUUGCUCGCAGUUCCUGCUUCCCUGAAAUCGAGGGGAGUGUGUGUGUAGGGAGUGGGCAGCCAGAGGCAGUGCCUGGAGGAGGCAUGCACUGUGCACUGGUGGGUCUGGAAGGCAAGAGUGAGCGUCAGAGCGAAGCCCCCAGGGCCCAGAGGAGAGGAAGGGGCUCUAAGCCCGGUCGGAAAGCUUCCGGUUUUCUCUGUGGUGCCAUGUAGGUUUCCUUAACUCUUGAAUGUUUCUGAGGAAGUGUGUUAGCAACUUGAGGGAGUGAUGAGAAUUCCCCGCAAACCCUGUAAAUCAGGGGUGUCUGCUCACCACGCACGGGUCACCGCAGGAGCGCCGUUUGGGAGGGCCAGCGGGCUGGAGAGCUCUCGGUUCUGGGGGCUCGAGAAGCAGCAGGAAGGCAGCGGCGUGACCACUAUCUUCCUAAAUAGUGGCCUCUCCCAUUCGCCCCUGCUGGCUCAAGAGCAGAGACCUCUCAUCUGUUUAUUAGUUUGUUGAACCUAAUAAUGAGGGCUGGCCUGGAAGGGCUUCCACCAGACGUCCUGAGGGCUUCCCUCGGUCGGGGCCCCAGGGAAUCCCAUGUCGGGCCCGGGCUGGCUGUCAGGCCCACGUGAUCUCAGUCAACUCGUCCGUCAGUGCGGGUCCACCCUGACCAGGCUCGCAGCUCUGAUAAUGACUCUGGGCUGGCUGUGUGGCCAGGCCUCCUCUUUGCUUUGUGGCUCCGGUUCUAGGUCCCUCUUGCCAGCCUGCCCAGGGCCCUGUUCCUGUGACACUGGGCCUGCUCUGCUCUCCCCAGUCUUCCCAGAGCCUCAAGUGUGGCCUCUGACCCUCAGCCUGGAGCAGGGAGCCCCGAAGUUGCCCCUACCCUCUCUCAUGAACCCCCUUUAUCUGCUGCUCUUCCUAGAGUCCCCUUAGCUGUUUCUGUGCUCCAUCUGCCUGGUAACCCUGAUCGAUUUUUCUUGAACCAAACCUGCUGCCUCUCACCUUUUUUUCUGGCUGACUUUCCAUCCACCCAGCGGGACUUUUCUUGUGGCUGAGUCCAUCCUUCCCGCCACUGAAUCAGACCCCCCACCCGCAUGCCCCAGCGGGUGUCCGGAGGUUGGGCUACUCCAUGUCCCGACGCCACGAAAUGAGUAAGACGCCUGCGCCUCCUACCCUUCUCUGAGCUCCAGCUCUCCCGGGGGCUGACUGAGGGGCUGCUCCCCUCCCAUUCUGCUCUGGAUCCAAGAGAAGUCACCCUGUCCCAGAGCCCCUCUGUCACAGCCUUUGCCUCCCCAGGCCCUGUCUCCCUUUGCUUCCAUUGCAACCCUCCCCCGGGCCCCUUGGCACCCCCUCUGGGUGUGUCUUCGCACCUUGUGCCGUUCCUCGCCCUCCCCUCCCCAGCCUCCCUCACUGCCCCCUCCCUGGACCAGAAGCAUUUCCCUUCUGCUCUGGUUGUCUCCCUGGAAUCUUCCAUCCACACACUGUUCCUCUGUCUUCCCUUGGGUGGGGGUGAGGUCAGCCUAAGGCCUCCCACUGUGGGCGCCAUGCCUGUAUCUAGAAGCUUGCUCUGUCUCUAUCCACACCCGGCAUCCCAUUUGGGAAUGCGAGAAUUCCAGCAGCGUCCGGCUCUUGACACACUGUGAUCAGAUCCUGGACACUUGGGCUCUGCCAUCUACCCCACAGCUCCAGGGUUCCCUAAGCCUGGGCUGAAUUACCUAGGAGGCCCCCAGCAGACGAUUCCUCGAGAUGGCAUGGGAGGCUGGGAGUCCAGAGAGCUGGGGAGAUGAGGCUGGCCACCAGCACCUGUGCAGCCACUUGUCUUUAUGGCCCCUACAGACUGAGCUCCAGGGCCAGGCUCAGGAGGAAACAUGGUUCUCCUUAGCCAUGUUUGUCCAACACACUGUUCUUGGAGAGUUACUGAGAGGCCGAGAGAGGUUAAGUGAAUAUUUGGGGUUUAACCCCAUCCCACAUCUACUCAGCACUUUACAAUUCACAAAAUGCCUUUCAAUACAUUCCCUUCUGUCUUUCAGUCACUGUAGCCACCCUGCAUUGUGUACCAGCAGUAACACGGACCGCUUAAGAAUGUGAGCCACGAGUUAAAAUCUCCUGGGACCUCCAUGCCUCAGUUUCCUCAUCUGUGAAAUGGGGAUAACAGUAGUAUCCACCCAGGGUUACUGUACGGAUUAAGGGAAGUAAUCCUUGCAAACAUUGAGAAGAGCACCUGGCGGAUAGUAAGUGCUCAGCAAGUGUUCACUCUUAGGUUUGUCACUGAGGACUUAGGAGGGGGACGCUUGUGGCUGUUCUCACAGCCUUCUUUCUGAAGUGCUCUCCUUGCCUCUUUGCUCUUGUUGUGUUCUUCCUGCCUACAGCCCUGUGUCUCUUCUUGCCUUGCCCUCGAAGCCAAACACUUGGCAACAGUUAGCCAUUCCUUUGGCUGCCCUGAGCCACACAGCUGGUUCCCCCUCCAGCUUAUCCCGCUGGGACACCUCAGAGAGAUGUCCCUUUUGGCCACGGAACUAACUGCACCGUGGACAGUGGUCCUGUACGCUUUGCUCUAGGGCUCCCAGUGCCACCAGAACCUUCUGAACUGGACCACAUCCUUAAGGGGCAGGCAGAUGAAGUAUUACUAGCCUUGGGUUUUUUUGUUGUUGUUGUUUUGUUUUUUGGCUGCGUUGGGUCUUCUUUGCUGCGUGCGGGCUUUCUCUAGUUGCGGCGAGCAGGGGCUACUCUUUGUUGUGGUGCACAGGUUUCUCACUGCGGUGGCUUCUCUUGUUGUGGAGCACGGGCUCUAGGCGCGCGGGCUCAGUCGUUGCGGCUUGCAGGCUCAGUAGUUGUGGCGCACGGGCUUAGCUGCUCCGCGGCAUGUGGGAUCUUCCCGGACCAGGGCGCGAACCCAUGUCCCCUGCAUUGGCAGGUGGAUUCUUAACCACUGCGCCACCAGGGAAGUCCACUAGCCUUGUUUUGCAGAUGAAAAUAAUAAGGUCUACAGAAAUGAAGAGGUCAUGUGGACACACAGUGACAGGACCAAAACUCAAUCUGCAUCUUUUGACUUCAGACCUAGUAACCUUUCCAUUCUGUAACACCAUUUGGUCUUUCUCUCAAGCAGAUGAUUCUUAGAUGGUCUAGAAAGUCUUAGUCGAUGUAACUGUAAGUGGUCCUGCACUCUGGUCCUGCACUCUGCCAGACACUAGGCUUAGUUUGGGGCCUACAAAGAUGACUAAGAUGCAUUUCCCACCUUCCUGACACAGCGUCCCCACUGCCCAGAGCUGAGCUGCUGCUUCAGUUUUCAUCUUCUGCCUCCCUCAUCCCCUGCGCUCCUGCUGGGGCUGCACCCUCCCCAGAACUCAGCCCGCAGAGUAAUGAUAAUUGUCCACGGCUUGAGUGCUGACCAGGUAGGUGCCUUAUUUACACGAUCUCAUUUGAGUCUCACACUAAACUGAAAUAGAGAUUAUUAACGUGUUUUACAGAUAAAACUGAAGCCAAGUGAGAAGGAGAUUUUCCCAACGAGACAGCGGUUCUGGGUCUGCUUACAAAUUUGGGCUCUUCCCAGUGUACCGCCGUGGACCCCCCUGGGCCCUGGCAUCCUGCCUGCUGCUCAGGCUCCUCCCCCAGAACCUCUGGCCGGCCGGAGGCUGAGUGUCCGCUCAGAAGGCAGCCGAAGCUACAGCUGUGGCCUCGCCUCCUGUGCCUGGAGCAUGUGCCGAAUUGGACAUGCUGGUACAACCCUCGCCUGGGCGGUACCUGGGCUUUUGCUCUACCUGCCAAGCACUGUUCACAAAAGGCCUCUGCCCUGUGCAGGCCAGCCUCAGUGGCAAAGCCAGUGUCCCCGCCCUCCGGUAUAAUUUCCUCCUUUGCCUCCUCAAGGCAUCAUUCUCAGGCAGCCCCUCCCCACAUAGCGUCAUGCGGGGCCCCAGCGGCCCCAGCUGGACAUUUUUCCCCUUGGCAACCUCAGCAGAGAGAAGCCCUUCUCUCCCAGGAGUGCCACGAAGGCUUCAGGGUCACUGCUCAUUGGUCUGAUGGGCCCAACCCACGGAACAGACCCAUCCCCGACCUAAUGCCUGUGCUCUGAUUGGUCAGAUCUUAGUCACAUGUGCAUCUGGAAAAGAGGAUGGAUCAGCAGCAUCCCAACCACAUGGACUGAACAUGGAGAAGCGGCAGCUUCCCAGAGGAAAACAGAGGCCGCGUUACCUGAAGCUGGAGAGUCUGCCAGUGUGCACUACAAAAAGUAGCAUGUCUUCUUAAGACUAGGUCACAAGACACAUUUUAAUUUUCAUUAACAGUCAUGCAAAGUUUACUACAUCUAUGGAAAUCCAGAGAUAAGUAAGGCACAGACCCUCGUUAAGCGAAUGAAAAUUAAGGUGAAACAGAGAGAAGCAACAGAGCAUGGUUGUGCGUUCAAAGGAGUGACUCAUUUUUAUUGAGCGAAGGUUGCAAUCCUGGUGGUCUUCAUGGAGGACGUGGCAUUUGAAUGAGAUCUUGAAAGAAAAUUGAAACUCUAGUAAUUUUAGAAGUAGGGGAAGGACCCUCCAGGCAGAGGGAACAGCAGGGCAAGGAUUGAGCUCUCGAAAGGGAAGGGCAUAUGCGAAUAUAAUGCGAUUAGGCUAAGGUGCUAGAGGGGUUUAGCCAGAGCUGAGACGCCUGCACUGGGAGCCUGUGUGCCCGAGACUGAGUGCAUCUGAGGCAGUGAGGAGUGGCCUUGGCAGCUCACGACUCCUGCCGACAAAGAAUAUUUGUCCGGCUUCGAGAAGAUGCCCUUGAACAGAAACAAGCAGUUUCCCUGGGAGAGCGUCCACCCUCGCUGCCCUUGAGAGCAGGAUUUGCCCCAGAUUGCCCCUUGCUCAAGCUUCCUAAUCUUUAUUCUGUUUCCAGAUGGGGGGAGUCUACUGGGAGCCCCAGGCCCCUGCCAAGUGCUCCAUCUGUACUUAAUCAAUCCCUCCUCUGAAAUCCAAUCCGUCAUAAAUUCCAGCCUCACAAUAAAUGUGCUGAGAGGUCUGGAGGGACGGGCUUUUAUAGUGAAUGAGAAACAGAAUCGCUGCCCAAACUGUUGAACUGAGAACAAUGGGGAUCCGAAGGAGGUGCCGCAAGAGGGGCAGAUAUUGAAGGCUGCGCAGCAGAGGGGGAGCCCACGGAGCCCCACCGCCCGGGCCCGCUGCACCCUCGGCUUGUCCUCAGCCUGGUCUCCUCGCCUUUAUUAGCUCUUGGUAAUGGAUUUUCUAUCUGCUCCGUGUGACGGAGGAGUCUGGGCAAGCCUCAGAGACCUGCAGAAUUUCCUCCCGGCCCUCCAAUGAGAAGCCGGCAGCCUCCGGCAGCCGCGUAGGUGGCUCUCCAGCCAACAUUUACUUCAGUGUCAAAAAGAAAUCCCAGGCAUGUUUGGAACAGAUGCAGGGCCCGCUGAGCCGUGGGGUCUUUGCGAGGACAAUCUAGGCCGGGCCUCAGGGUGUCAGCCUUCCUGUCAGUGUUGAUCCUGUCGUCCUUGCCUGGGGAGGGCACGCUGGGGCCUGAGACCCAGGCGUCAGGCACUGCUGCAGCCCUGUGACCUGUGGCAGGCGUGGCAGAAGGCCACCUUGCCGUGGGAGGACACAGGGAUGCGGGCUUAGCUCUGCCAGCGCUUUUAAUUAACUCACAUAAUCAUUCACAGGUUAGACAUGAACAUGCCCCAGACUCCCCACACUAACUCAGGGGGCCUGUAUCCCAUCCGCACAAAGGGAUGGACGCAAUAGGAGUUCUUGCUGUUUCAGUAAAAAUCCCUUUAAAAAUCUGGAAAAAGCUAUGGGCCCUUUCCUCAGAAAACACACACACACAGACACACACAUGUACACACACAAACACGUGUACAUAUACAUGUGCACACACACAUUAUAUGCACACAUACACAUAUGUGCAUGUACAUACACACACCUGCAGUGCCAUGUCAGGGGGCUGGCAAUCCCCAGAUCCAGGCUGGCCCGGAUGCCUGGUUAAGGAGCCCUGAACUGAAUGAUUCUGGGGUGCGGCCUCUUCCCCUGUAAUUCUCUCCGAAGCCGUCUGGGUACAAGCCGUGCCCCCAUCACAAAGCAUUUUCUAACCUCUUACUCUGAGGUGGACAGAGGAGGGUUUAUUACCCCCUUUUCUGCAGAGCGGGGACGGGUCUGACAGGAAAUCAAUAGUGAAAGUGGGGCUCAUCAGCUCCACCAGUGUUUCCUCUAACUUUUUUAGGCCAUGCUCCCUUUUGAUGCACAGAAAAAAACCUCAUUUCCCCACCCUAGGAAUUUCUAAUAACUCAUGGUGGGGAGGGGAGCAGAAAUCUACAGAAUCUCGGGCCAAGUUGUUAAAUUUUACUCUCUAUAGCUUGAAAUAUAAUUUGAACUCUGAAAACCAUAGUUGUGCUUAAUUCCCAAGUAUGAAAUAUUGUAACAUUGGAACAUUUAAAACCAUACAGCCUGCGGCAGCCUGGACUAAAAAGCACUGUGGAAGGACUGACAGCCUCUCCACGUAGUUGUGCGGUUAAUCCAGCCCCUUCCCAGAACUUUCCUGCCGGGGACACACCAGGACCCUCGUGCCAGUGCCAGAUGACUCUAAACAGCAGACAACAGCACUCUCCUGAAGACUUUUGGAACCCUUAACUUUGGCAAGUCUUCAGGAUUGAGUUUUGGGGGGAUUGCAGGGGCUAUGUCAUCCAUGAGAUGACGCAGCCCCCAAUAGCCAAGUGAGUUGGAACGCACGAUGCAGCCUUUCAUGUGGGACACUCCCAGUGCCCUUGGAAUAGAGUCCUGGGAAUGCAGGAGCCCAUCUGCCAUGGCAGGAUUCUCAGAGCUCCCUCUCCCACUGCUGGAACCUGGGACGUGCUGCCACGUCCCAGCCUUGGCCAAUCAGACCUGGCUUGAAUGAGUGGUGCAAAGAUGAGGUUCCUCUAGAACCCACUCAGCGGUGGGGCUGUCCAAGGUGCAGGGAGUGACCCUCAGGCCAAACUGAUCUGCCACGAGAUGGCUGUUGGGCUUUACAGUUCUCUGCCCUCUGAGCUGCCUUUGUUCCUGUCUGCUCUCCAAGCCUGUCCCUGCAGCCUCAGCCCCGGCAGCCCGCCAAUAAAUUCCCUUUUGCUUAAGAGAGCCCGAGUCUGUGCCUGCUACAAUAGGAAGCAUCUGUGUUGCAUGCACACCGUCUGGACCUCGUGUUACUUCCGCAAGCAAAUGCUACCUGGGCACCAGCAACACCCCCACUUCUCCUGGCAGGAUGGGGUGGAGGGGGUCAAAGAGAGUAGAAAAGACUCCUUUCCACAAGCCAGCAACACUCCCUCCACCUCCACGCAGGAGUGUGAGGAGAGAGCCCUGAGAGAUGAACCUGGAGACCCUCUGCCACCAAUGCCCUGUUUUUUGUUUUUUCUUUUAAUAAAUUUAUUUAUAUUAUUUAUUUAUUUUUGGCUGUGUUGGGUCUUCGUUGCUGUGCGUGGGCUUUCUCUAGUUGCGGUGAGCGGGGGCUACUCUGUUGCGGUGCGCGGGCUUCUCAUUGCGGUGGCUUCUCCUGUUGCAGAGCACGGGCUCUAGGCAUUUGAGCUCAGUCGUUGUGGCUCACGGACUCUAGAGCGCAGGCUCAGUAGUUGUGGCGCACGGGCUUAGUUGCUCUGCGGCAUGUGGGAUCUUCCCAGACCAGGGCUCGAACCCGUGUCCCUUGCAUUGGCAGGCGGAUUCUUAACCACUGCGCCACCAGGGAAGCCCAAUGCCCUGU